CCUCCAACACUUUACAAUCACUUUGUGCUCAAAAUGGCUCGUGGAGUCAACUUUGUUUUCUUAUUUCUUCUGGUUUUUGUUGCCCCUCCAAUUUUUGCCAACAAGGUAGAUGAGGAGGAAAGUUGUAGGCGCUAUGCUGGUGGGCAAGUUUAUCCGGAAAAGACAACGAUUUCGGAGCAUGCAGUUCAUUGGAGCAAGGCACAAAUUUCUAAACCAGCACCACACUGGGAAGGGACUGCUGUUGUAAAUGGAGAGUUUAAAGAGUUGAAGAUCACUGAUUUCAAAGGAAAAUAUCUGGUGUUCUUUUUCUAUCCCCUUGACUUCACUUUUGUUUGUCCAACGGAGAUCAUCGCAUUUAGUGACAGAAUUGAAGAGUUCAGGGCAAUCAACACAGAAGUUGUUGGUUGCUCAGUAGAUUCAGUUUUUACCCAUUUAGCUUGGAUCAACACUCCAAGGAAAGAGGGUGGUCUGGGAAGGCUUAAAUAUCCUCUGUUCUCUGAUUUAAACCACCAAAUUGCUAAAGAUUAUGGAGUACUUCUUGAAAAUGAAGGCCACACCUUAAGAGGUCUAUUUAUUAUUGAUGACAAAGGGACUCUACGACAAAUCACAAUGAAUGACCUUCCGGUGGGCCGAUCAGUCGACGAGACUUUACGUUUAGUUCAGGCUUUCCAAUAUACUGACAAACAUGGUGAAGUAUGUCCAGCUGGCUGGAAGCCUGGUAAAGAGACGAUCAUUCCAGAUCCAACAGAAAAGAAGAAAUACUUCGCCAAACAGACUGAAGGAGAAGAAGAAAAGAGAUGAAAUGAACUGAACAAACUUUGAAAUUGAAAAAAAAAAAUUACGAAGAGUUGUUUCAACGUAGUUGGCAUUGUUUUACUUACUUUGCAUCCUGAAAGUUUAUCGACAACUUGUAUGAAAACUUUGCACAAAAAUGAGCAAGAAACGAGAAGAAAAUUUAUCUUAAAGAUAGAUUUAGUGGUCUCUUUGGUUUUGUCGUGGCCUUGCCCUGCGAAACUCUUUUUUCUACAUCAGUUUGAAAUAGGUACUUUGCUGUGCGCUCAGAAUUGGGGUGAAGUAAUGGUGAGAGUUGAUGAAGAAAGGCUCAGUCGAAAAGACAGAA